UGGUUAUAGGAUGCCAAAUCUGAAUUAAAACGUGGUUUUACUCACUAAUAAACUACAGUAAAAUUUUUAGGAUGAUCGCGUUAUAAAAAAUGAUCUCACACUGCAAGCCGAUAAGGAUCUUGUUGAAAUUUACAAGAAAAUCAAGAAAAUACGGAAUCAGGGCAAAGCAGUGCAGCAUGCUGUUCGAACAUCUAAUCCUGAUGUUCAGCCUGCCGAUCCAAAAUGCAUCAGCGUUAUCAUGCGUGAAGCGAUCAUCGAAAACAUCGACCCGAGUCCGGCAACGGCAAAACGAAAGAUUCAAAAAGCGGUAAGCGAACGAAUCGAUGGUAAUAUCGACACGAUCUGUUCUACGGGUUCAUUCAGCUAUUUGAUUCAAAAAGCGGUAAGCGAACGAAUCGAUGGUAAUAUCGACACAAUCUGUUCUACGGGUUCAUUCAGCUAUUUGGUGAAUACGGAUUUGUACUGUGAAAUUGAAACAGCUGAUAUUACAUGUUUAGUGUUCCGACAGACUACGUGA